AUGAAUCGUACAUUUCUUAUAGUUUUGCUUGCUCCAGCCAUGUCCGCGUUUUUGCUGGACACGCUAGGACUCGAUACUAAUGUACAGACCGUUACAGAACUGGACGUAACGAAAUAUCUCGGACGCUGGUACCAGAUGUAUGCCAGCCAAUCUGUAUACGCCACAUUUGAACGUGGAGCGGUUUGUGUUACAGCCGAUUACACUAUGUCUACUGAUGGAUCUGGAAAAAUCAUUGUGCUCAAUUCAGAGAGGUUAAGAAAUGGAAAUGGAAGUGCCAAGAUUAUCCACGGAUAUGCCACUCCUUCUGGAGAGGUUGGGAAACUGAGUGUCCAGUUAGAGACUGUGGCUUUCAGUGCACCUUACUGGGUUGUUCAGCUUGGACCAGCUACAUUCGGACCGAACAACUUAUAUCAAUACGCUGUGGUAACGGACAAUUUAAAAGCAACACUAUUCGUGUUAGCUAGGGACCCAGACGAAUUUAAAAUUCUCCAUGAAGCCAGCGUUCUGCAGUAUUUAAAUGACAAUGGCUUCACUAAACCAUUGAACAAACCAGUGAGCACCUAUCAUGGAGAUGACUGUCUGUACAACAAAGAUCAUCAAUGA